GGUUGCGGUCACCGGUGACCGCUUGGUGUUUGACAGUUUAAAAUACCUUUUUCAUCGAGGGUUAGACACUCUCUCUCAAACACCCUCUAUAUCAGGGGUUAGACAAACUGUAUACAUACAUACGUAUUUGUGUGAAAAUUAUUUCAUGCCCCUAGGGUGAAAUGCAAAUUGUAGGGCAACAUUUCAUAUAGGACCUACCUACCAUAAGUCAAAGUCAAUUUUACAUAAGAAAACAAAAUCAUUAUGGAAACACACGCUCUUGAAUAGUUCGUACCUAUUUACAUAUACAUACGAAUAGGUAAGUACUUCACAGAUACUUAAAGUGCGGUUCCACUGCGGCGACUUGUAUUUGUUAUUUAAUACAAGCGCUGGUACCACAGAGUCUCCAAAAUUUUAUUACCCUCGUGAGGUGGUAGAUGUCCGCUGUCAAACGAUGGGUUACUAUAAUCUCCACGCUUCACAGACAGCUUGGUGAUUGCAGUUAUAUCAUCGCUAAUCGAAACGUCCUUUCAAUUGUUAUUUUUCAUUUCAAAUAUUCCGAACUUCGUGGUACUUUUGUCCGCGUGAUAAUGUGUAAUAUGAUACGAAAGAUUAUUUAAGUCUUAUUUUGUAAGACAACUAACACCAAUACAUUACAUUAACACGUUUCUUAAUAGUAAUAAAGUAAGCAAUAACUAUAUUCUUCCAUAAAAUAUACAUAGUUCGUUUAUAUUACUUGGCCACACAUCACUGGUUAAAGAGUCGCGAUACAAAAACCACACCUUAAUGAAUCAAAGCAAAACUAACAUCGUCGCUAUAAUUUGUUUACAACUUAUAAAUAUGGAAGAGGUCACAUGGUACUCAAAGGUCCUCGUUUUACUUGGGGAUCAACCAGACCCCACGUAAUAUUAAUGGACAAAAGGAUUUAUCCAGCCCUUAUUGUUACAACUAGCCCUCAAUCUACCUUAUUGUUUAAUUUUCACUUUAUUUUUUUCCACAACAGACUUAAAUCUUUUACCGUGACAAAUCGGGUCGCUGCGAGUAGUUCACGUACAAUGGUUGUAUACACUGCGUCUUUCCGUGUCCUCGUCACGAAUAGCCCUAGAUCGGACGAUGAUACAACUUACUGCAAUAUCAACAAACCUAUAAAAAUAGCUAAUUCAAUAACGUGACGUUGCCAUUCAAAAGAAAACAAUAGUAAAUAAUACGAAAUAGAAUUAACGUUACCUCCUAUUAUCGUGCAGUAAGUCAUUGUCGGCAAGCAGAACACAACACCACAAGCGGUUGAAUAUUAAAAAAUGCACAUAAGUACGUACAUCAUACUGAUGUGCUUCGGUUCUGUACAGCUCGAUCAACUGAAAGAAAUACUUGAAAAGGCAGAGUUAGAAAUCUACAUUGAAGAAACCAUCCCUACUGUGAACCCAAGGUACAAGCUGCAUUACCACAUCACGCCACCUGUGGGCUGGAUGAACGGACCGAAUGGUUUCGUGUUCUACAAAGGAGAAUACCACCUGUUCUAUCAGUUCUACCCCUACGACACGCAGUGGGGACCCAUGCACUGGGGUCACGUCUCGAGCCCCAAUCUAGUGGACUGGCAUACACUUCCGACAGCACUGCGCCCUGGCAACGAACAAUGUUUCUCUGGCAGCGCCAUCGACAACGAUGGCAUCAUGGUGCUCCUGUACACAGCUCACCAAGCGACUGAUGACGCACCAUUCUACAACGAAUCACAGUAUAUGGCAUUCAGUAUUGAUGGUAUAGACUUCCACAAGUACAAAGGUAAUCCUGUUGUGAUAUUGCCACCUACAGGCACUCAAGACUUUAGAGAUCCUAAAAUUUGGAAGAAUGGAAAUUUCUGGUAUGUAGUCCUUGGUAGUAAAACUGCUGAUCACCGAGGAUCAGUUCUCUUGUACAGAUCUAAAAACUUACUCAGUUGGGAAUUCAAAAGUAUUCUAGCGGAAUCAAGUGGUGCUUUGGGCUACAUGUGGGAGUGUCCAGAUUUCUUCGAACUUAAUGGCAAGUACGUUCUUUUGAUAUCCCCACAAGGUAUGGUUGGUCGCGGAGACAGAUUCAAGAAUACAUAUCAAACUGGAUAUCUUAUUGGGAGUUUUAGUUACGACACAUGUCAAUUCAAACCCGAAAUUAACUUCCAAGAAUUAGAUUACGGCCAUGACUUUUAUACUACACAAACCACGGAAAAUAAUGGGAGAAGAUAUCUAGUGGCAUGGUUCGGUAUGUGGGAGUCUUUGCAUCCUGAGGAUGUUGAUGGCUGGGUAGGAGCUAUGACUCUGAUCAGAGAGUUGGACCUCGUUGGGAGUAGAAUCCUAAUGAAACCUGUUGAAGCUAUAACCAAACUAAGACUGGAAACUAUCAUAGAAGGAGAGUUUCACCAUAAUGCUACCAUAGAAUUUGAGAAGGCUGGAGAAAUCAUUGUGAACAUUGACUUGAGUGAGAAUAUUGAGUUGGAAUUUGUUGGAAAUAAUGGUGGGGAUAAGACUUCUUUGCGGUGGAGCGUGGAAGAUGGUAAGGUCAUAGUGGACAGAGCUGGAGAUGUCCGCCAAGGGACAUGGGAGCCACUUGACACCGUAACUUGGAGGAUCUUCCUGGACGCAAGUUCUUUCGAAGUAUUUUGUGGUGAAGGAGAACUAGUGUUCAGUUCAAGGAUGUACCCUAAUGGUGACUGGCGGGUGAUAAACAGAGGCCCACAAUCUCUGCACGUGGUGGCGUAUACGUUGAAGAGAUUCCAACCAGAAUAAUUAUAGAUUCCAUUGUUUUAUUUUACUUGUUGUACGAUUAGCGAUCGAGUUUGUAAAAUUGUGUAAGUUUAUUGUUUGAUGGAUUUGUUUACUUUUUUAUAUUGACGAAAACCUAGAAAUAAUGGACAUUGACAUUAUUAUUAUAUCCUGAACAAGCGAUUGCAUCAUCUUAUAGAAUUGUUCUGAAACCGUUUGCUUUUAUUUUCAUUAUUUCCUUUUUUUCCGAAGCCUACGUGACUGAUUACAUCAUACGUCUACAUACAAAACUCGAUUCACAGUUGAGCCUUCACUGGGCACUCAACUCACUCUUGUGCUUACAUUUAACAUCUACUAUAGUACUACUAACUACUAAUACUACUAACAAGCAUUUUAAAAAUUGAGUGAAUUGUUAGUACUCUGCCUAUUCUUACUUGCUCUCUGCGAUGUGGGUCGGUUUGGUUCAAAGUAUAUUAAUCCAAUUAAUUUGGAAUUUGAGGCCCCAUCCUCAUCCGUCCUCCAAAAUCCCUAUUUCCAAAUUCCCAAAAGGCCGGCAACGCACUUAAAACUCAUCUACUUUUUGUGAUGUAUCCAUUCGUCCGCAUACGAACUAUUCCAACUAUCUAGUUGUAACAUCUGUUAUAUGUUACAUUUUGAACAGCUAGCGGAAUGACAACGCGUUUAUCUUGUUCAAAUAUAUUCCCGAAUGUAUCGCAUCGGUUUCCAAUAACUCUAUGUUUUUAUUGGUUUCGUAACAAUAUUUUGUUAGAAUUUGUUGUAGUUCAUCAUUCAUCUUAAUUUCAACUUUAUUCAUUUUGUAACAGAGAGAAAAUUCGUGUGUAUUUUACUUACUAACCACGCGGCUACUUGACUUACGAGAUAGAUAGCCUUAGACUAGCUUCUGCCAGCAGCUUCGCCCGAAAUCCCGUGGGAACAAAAGUAGCCUAUCUAUUAUUCCCGACCACAAUCUACAUAACCUAACCUGUUCCAAAUUUCAUCCCGAUUUCUUCAGCCGUUUCGACGGGAAGACAUAUAUAAUUUUGGUAGGAUAAACAUGAUAAUAUACUUAUUUAAUAUUAAAAUUCAUAUACUUUAUCACAUCAUUAUCGUCGGAUGCUGUAACUGACUUGAGAUGAUAAAAAGUCCCUGAAAAUUCGAGGACUGAUAAGAAUUGUUGCCUAAAAUGUAGACACUCUUAUAGAUAAAACUGAGAUAACCACCUAUAAAGAAGAGUGAUACUCUUCCAUGAAUAAUGAAUAGAUAUACGGACUUAUGUAGGUACGCCUCACCCACGGGGGUAAGCAGAAACUACGAUCCUAACAUAAAAAGUUUAGUAGAAAUUAAUUAGUUCACCAUAUGACACAAUUAAACUGUCAAUAUUAUAUUCUAACUAAAUCAAGUACUUAGCCAUGAUUCACUGCACGGGCCUGCGGACGACGACCACGGGUAACUCGCCGUCCGACCAGAACCAGACCCGAGCGUACGGCGCGUCACGUUCCGCGCGCGCUCAUGGAGCCGUCUGACCACCACUGAUGGGGCCCAAUAGGGCUGAUACCGAUACGGAGCCACGAAGGGCUCAACGUUCCCAUGGUUUUUAGUCAGUAAG